CCUGCGCGGAUUCCAUCGCACAGUUUAUCGUCCCUCCCAACAACAUCAAGUGUACUUCUGCUUUCUGAACUCCUGCAGUGAUUUAAAUAUAUUAAAAUUCAUUAGCUCGCCGUAUCAGCGGUGCCAGUCACACCAAAUUAUCGUACUGAAAGCCGCCGCGACAAAACAGCUUCUUCACUUCCAGACGAGUUUGAUGGAGUCGCUGAAGUUCAACAAACAAGAACCUGGAUCCAAAUGAGCAGAAGAGGCAUCAACUCAGGACGGAGGAAGCUCCUGUCUUUAUGUCAGCUGAACGUAAUCAGAAGAGACAACAGAUGAGUUUUGAGUAAAAUGUUCAUAAAGGGGCUGUUGCCGUGCUGGAGCUCUGAGAGCAUGAAGUGAUGGAGAAACCAGAAGGAAGCCCUGCGGAUGAGAGAGGCCUCCAGCCUCCAGACAGAGGCCUCCUCCAUGUCUGGCCUUCAGGGGGAGGAACCCAGCAGCUCUGCCCAGAGACGGUGCUGCUGUCCAGGCCCGUAAUGCACGUGUCCCUGGGAGAAAACCACGGCAUCCUCCUGACACAAGGGGGUCUGGUGUUCUCGUUCGGGGAGCUUUCCUGGAGGGGGGUGAGCGUCCCGGUGUCGGCUCCGGUGCUGGAGGCCUCUUUGCUGGGGAGGACGGUGGUCCAUGUAGCCGCUGGGGGCUUCCACUGCGGCGCGAUAAGCGAGCAGGGCGGCGUUUACAUGUGGGGGGAGAACACUGCAGGACAGUGUGGGCAGACGGACAGAGCAUCUUUCACAAACACUACAGUUCCUGAGCCGUGUCCCGUCACUGUGGUGGACAGUGAGGUUGUUCCUCCCGUGGUUGUUCGGGUCGUGAGCCUCGCCUGUGGACGGGAGCACAGCCUGGCUCUGUCGGCCCAAAACGAGCUGUGGGCCUGGGGGAGCGGCUGCCAGCUUGGCCUGGUCACCAGCACCUUCCCAGUGUGGAAACCUCAGAAGGUUGAACAUCUGGCAGGCAGACAUGUGAUUCAGGUGGCAUGUGGUGCCUACCACAGCCUGGCACUUGUCCGCAGUUUACCUGCUCAGGACUUUAGUGCUCAGAGUACCCCGAAAAUCAGGGAGCGGGGUCGGUCACCUCAGUGCCCGUUGGCAGACAGGGAGGAACUGGCUACAACCGAUGAUGCAGUCUACUGUCCGCUCGGGGUGGAGCUCUCUGAAGUCACAAGAAGUGAGCCUUCUUCCCGGAGACGGGUUCCCAGGCCGCGGCUCCAUCCGGCUGGAAUGUCAUCUGGCAGCAGCCGCGGCUCCUCAGCCAGUUUAUCUUCAUUCUCUGAUGACAGCAGAUCUAAUCCUAAACAGAGAAAUUUCCCAGCAUGCAGCAGGCUGGAGGCUGAGGAAAACAGAGCGGAGUGCGCGUCGCAGACUGACGGCAGCCCUAAAACUAAUCCGGCGGCGGAUUGGGCCGCCAACAAGGACUCUGCGUUUUCUGACGACCUGGAGCUCCAGAGUUUGCUUGAUAAACUUUCUGUUCAGUCGGAGUCGCAAAACGCCACGGUGACGGGCGACACCGACUCAGUGAGCAGCCAGACCGGAUCAGAGGACAGCUGCAUUUCUUCAACUCCGUCUUCAGAUUUAUUGACUUCAAGUUACAAAGAUGAUUCAAUUUUCAAGAUGCAGACAAACAACGGCGGGGCGUCUGCGCCGCUCUCGUCUUCGCCGGUGUGUCUGGAAGAAGUUCGUUUUUGUGUGGAGAGGGAGAAGCAGGCGCUGCUCGGCUGCAGCCUCACAAACGCACACCAGAAGGGGAACGUGGCGGCGAGCGGCAGGCGCUCGCUUCCUGGAACCCCCACCCACGGAUCGCCACGGAGACGCCGCCAGGCUGCCUCCGGGUUGCUCUGUGCUGGUGCAGCAUCAGAUGAUUCAGGAGAUGGGCUGCCGUCCCUGGAGACAGAAGUCUGGAGCUGGGGACGCGGGUCUGAAGGACAGCUAGGACACGGAGACCAGCUGGCCAGGCUGCAGCCUUUGUGCAUCAAGUCUCUCACAGGGCAGGAAGUGAUCAAAGUUGCUGCGGGGUCCCACCAUUCGCUGGCGCUCACUGCACAGUGUCAGGUUUAUUCAUGGGGAAGCAACCUGUGUGGACAGCUCGGUCGUGUCGACGGCCCCGUCACUGUACCUCAGUUAGCAAAGCUGUCUGACGGCCUCCGUGUUUGGGAUCUGUCAGCCGGUCAGGGCCACUCCCUGCUCCUGGCGGACGGCGACUGCGUCCAGCCGGUCCUGUUGUACUGCGGCCAGCAGAGCGAGAAGCUGCAGAGUCAGAGCUCUCCCYUCAAAGCGAAGAGUUGCACGGAGAGACCUACGCUGCUGCCCUUCUGCAUCGAGAUGAGUUACAUCAGCAGCGUGAGCAGCGGCGGCCGGCUCUGCGCGGCGCUGACGGAUCACAACGUGAUGGGUUUCAUCGCGGCCAUCCACGAUCUGGCCUCCAGAGAGAGGCGGUUCUCCUGCUGGAUGAAUGACGUCCGGAGGGUCGUCAUCGCUCCGCUGCGUAAAAAGGAGACGACGUGUCAGACGUUGGGGGAUCCAUGCACGCACCUCUUCUUUGCACUUUGCGAUAGUUUUAUUCAGCUGAGCAAGAUGAUUGGUCGGCACGCCACGGCGCUUAGCUACUUCCUGCAAAAUGCCCAGAGCCGUGAUGUAACUUCCUUUCCCCUGCUGACGCACUCUGRACAUUUYCUGGAGAYGUACAAAAAGUAUUGUUCUGCAGUUGGCGACUUUCAAGUAAUGGGUGGAUUCCAGUCACUUCAUAAACUCUCACUGGAGUGCUUGUGCGGCCAGCAGGCUGUUCUCUCCCAGCUGUGUGGAGCAGACCAGUCUGUCAGCAAGGAGAUUGAUCUGGUUUCAAUGUUCUACCAGCCUCUGCAGCAGCUCCACCAUUACAGCACAGUCCUGCUCAAAAUGGCUACAUGCUAUGACGUGCUCACUGAGGAGUAUCAUUCUCUGCAGCAGGGCUGCAGUCACUACGAAGCUCUCUCUUCGUCUCUCCUGAGGAGGAAGAAGGAGGCUGAAACCACACAGCUGUUCUGGAAAACUCAUUCUGGCAAAACUACUGAGAGUCUGCGUCUGCCGCAGCGCCGUGUCAUUUGCGAGAGCAGCAACAGAUCUCUGACUCCUCAAUACGCUGGCCGCUUCUCCAAUCACUGGUUUAUCCUGUUCAACGACAUCCUGGUGCACACACAGGGAUCUCUUCCCUCUCAGAGCUUUUUCUCCUCAUUUCGAAUCUAUCCUCUGACCUGUCUGUGGGCGAAAACGAUUACCGGAGACAGCAGCGGACUUUAUACGAUCAAAAUAAUAUGUCCAGAGGAGAGUUUCACCCUGGCGGCCUCAACGCCACAGGAAAAGAACAAGUGGGUGCGGUCCCUGAACCAGGCGGUGGAUCAGGUGCUGGGAGGUGCAGGUCAGGGGUCAUCACCAGGGGUCACGGCUGCAGUGUGCCGCACGGCUUCGUACAAGUUCGUCGCAGAUGAGCGAUUCAGAGACGCUCAGUACAGCGGCGGCUGGAUGGCAGGACGGGUCCACGGCAGAGGAACCAUGAAGUGGCCGGAUGGCCGAGUGUACAAGGGAAACUUCAAGGGUGGCCUGGAGGACGGUUACGGAGAGUGUGUAAUGCCAAACAUAGCGCAGGACAAACCCGACGUGUACCAAGGACAGUGGAAAGAGGGGAAGAUCCAUGGCUUUGGCAAGUACAAGUAUGGCAGAGGAGAGGUGUACGAUGGCUGUUUCUGUGACGGCCGUCGCCACGGUUACGGCAUGUUGAGCGCUGGUAAACUGGCCCGCGCGUCUUCWGGCCUUUUCAUCGGCCAGUGGAUUCAGGACAAGAAGACGGGGUACGGAGUCCACGACGACAUCAUGAGGGGAGAGAAGUACAUGGGCUUCUGGCUGGAUGACCAGCGGCACGGCAGUGCUGUGGUCCUCACCCAGUGUGGAGUUUAUUUUGAAGGGUCAUUCAAAGAAAACAAGAUGAGUAGUUCAGGCCUGUUGGUGUCGGACGAUGACACGGUGUUUCACGGGGAGUUCAGUGACGACUGGACCAUCAACGGGAAGGGGGUUUUGACGCUUGCRAACGGCGACCGUCUGGACGGCCUGUUCAGUGGCGAGUGGAGCGCCGGUCUGAAGGUCGUAGGAACGUACGUCAAACCAGCCGUGGACGAAAGCAAAGAGAAAUAUGAGCCACCCCUGGGUCAGUACGCCGUGCCCGCGGCUCAGAGGUGGAUCUGUGUGUUUGACGAAUGCUGGAGUCGACUCGGCUGUGACGGCGCCGGCAGAGGAGAGCGGACCGCAGCCUGGGAGAACAUCGCCRUUACCAUAACAACGGCUCGACGGCAGAGCCCAGACCUCAGUAAAUCUCACACCAAAGUUCUGGAGAGUUUGGAGUUCAUCCCUCAGUACGGCGAGGCGGUCACCACUGCGAACUACGACAACGUCAGACGAUACCUCACUAAGGCCUGCGAGACGCCCCACCACCCCCUGGGCUGGCUGGUGGAGACGCUGGURACGGCGUACAGGAUGACGUACGUCGGCGUGGGAUCGAACCGCCGGCUGCUCCGGCAGGCGGUGCUGGAGCUGCAGGCCUACCUCACUCACCUGUACAGCAUCAUCAGGUUUCUGUUUCCAGGGUUGCCAGAUGAUGGCGGCAUCAUCCCAGACGCUCCUGACAUCAGUCCGUAUAAAGCCCGACGAAACUCAAACAAAGUGGAUCAGGGGGUGUUGGUGGUGAGCUGCUCCUCGCUGCUCCUCCCCCUGCUGCUGCCUCGGCUCUACCCGCCUCUCUUCACCCUCUACUGCCUGCAGCAGGAGCCGUCGGAUAAACUGUUGGUGAUUCAGAAAACGUUUGAGGAGCUGACGCUGGAGGUGAAGCCCUUCCUGGCCGGGGACUUCCUGUGGUGCAUGGACGACCUGUUCCCCCUCUUCCUCUACGUGGUGCUCAGAGCCAGGGUCAGGAACCUGGGAGCUGAAGUCWGCCUGAUUGAAGACCUGAUGGAUCCCAACCUCCAGCAUGGAGAGAUGGGCCUCAUGUUCACCACACUAAAGGCUUGCUUCAUCCAGAUCCAACAGGAAUCCACCACAUAACCAGUGAUUCAGUCCCAGUUUGAUGGAACAGAACCAGUAUUAUCUCCCGGUUUCCUGCUGCUGCAGCGACGCAGAGAGGUCGGCGUCCAUCCGGCGCUGCAGAAAAAGCCGGUCUGCCCGCCGAUCAUUCAGGAAGCAACAGUUGGCAGAAUGACGCAGCACAGCGCCCUCUGCUGUUGGAACCUGGUAACACCUGUUCAUAUUCACUGACGUUCACAAUGGACCUUACCACAGGGGCCGCGUUUCAUUGGCUAAUGCCCAUUUCACGUCACAGCGCAGYUACCACGUGUGUGACCGUCUCACAAACACAAGCUACAGURGUAAACACAUGCUAAUGUACAUUGUGGACUAACAGACCGGCAGAAAGUUUUUGCGUCAGGACUCGAAAAAGAAUGGUUCUCCACUGUCAGUGGGGUAUCUGUACAGGCGAUGUCAGGUAUCCUGAUUGUAUUUGUGUAACUAAAAUUCACAUAUUUCCAAAAUUUGAAACGGAAUUCCUUGCUUGGAUCAAAGCUUGUGCACGACCGCAUUUGCAGCUCAACCGUCGUAGGAUCAAUAAAAACAAAGGAGUGUCUGCUGUUGUAAGUAUUAUUGCUUUGCUUUCUUUGUGUAUAGUGAAUGACAAAAAGAAAGUCAAUAAUAAGCACAUCCAUUAUGAAAACCUUUUAGCCAAGUACAGCAUAAUGGCAGUACCAAUACAACUUCUACACCCUGAAGCUUGUCUGUUACACAGMCUUACGUUAGCUGAACAGAUCAAUAUGCAAUGUAUACCGUAUCUGACAUACAUUAAAGAUUUUAUUUGACCUGAAAAAGCUUUUUACUGAACUGUACUCGUGUUAGCCAUGCUAGCUUUUACUAAACUGUAAUCAUGUUAGCCACGCUAGCACCGAGUACAGUGUAUAAGGCCUASGCAUACUCAAACAUUUGAAAACAACAGAAAUCACUGAUUCAAAAGUAACCCUCAAAACCAUGAAUGUCUGACUUACCCAGCCUUGCAAGAAAAAUAGGAAUCAGUGAUCUUGUCCACAGCUAUAUUUAUGCUGAGGGUGUGAGGAUCUGCUGUUUUCCUCAUCGGUUGGUAGCAUUUAGCUGCGACGCGCUCAAUGUUAGAGGCAUYGCGUGGCUAAAACAUCUUGAUGUCGUCCARAAAAGAUGACAUGAACUUGUUGGUUCUCUUGUCCAUUGUCGCGGCUGAUAUUUUUUGAAAAUCCAGCAGAAAUGCUAAACUAAUCGACUCAGAAAUACACUGCAGAGAGUCAGUCGAAAUGAAAGACUCCAUGUUUACACAUAGAAGCUAAGCUCCGCGAGGCUCUGUUUGUGAGACAUGAAGUCACGUGGGACUUUCGAGGGGCGUUUCUGGGCGGAGCUUGGUAAGGUCCAUAGAAAAGGAACAUUAUUCCACAGAGGGGAAAUUCAUGUGCAACAGCAGAACAAAAA